CUUUGUGAACGUGAUAAAGACUACAGUUUUGAUCCGAUGUUCAUAAAAUGUCAUUCGUAAAUUGGACGAUUUUUUUUAGGAAAUAGAGGCUUAUAUUUUGACGAUGUUUUGAUGAACCUUGAUAUGCAUGUUGGUAAAAUCUCUGACGCAUGCAUUUUCUAUUAACAGUUUUUAAAUUAACGUCCUUGAUUUAGUUAGAAUGGGUCAAAAUUGGCUUGUCAAUGCAUGGUCAAUGUGAUAUAAGCUACAACUCCAAGUCUUUAUAUUACACUUUUCCGUUUCCAAAUUUAAGACGAUACUUAAAGUCACUCAGAUGGCGCUAUUAUCCAAUAUGGAAGACUUACGUGGCAUUAGGAUAGCUUUCGACAUUUAAUUGCAAAAAAUCUUUACUUUGCAUGAGAUAUUUUACAUGUUUGUAGUUUGUGUGAUAUUGUCAGAGAGGAGCUUGUUGAACUGGUGUGAUAGUAACUGUAAUUGUUCAAUAUGAUAACUAAGUUUUUAGUUGUUGUGUUAUGUGUUGGUUGUAUUUGUAUCAAAGCUGAUAGGAGUAGUAGUCGAAAGAGUGAUCGUCAAUAUGAUGAGGAGGAAGAGGAACUUUAUGAUGAACAAGGUAAACAAUCCUCCUCACAUAAAACAAACCAUGAUCCUCGUUCUAUACCUUCUUUUUCAUCACAUCAACCUUUAGAUAAUUCAAUCCCUUCUCAAGGUGAUGGUGUAAAGCAAUCCAAUCAGCCAAAUUCCAAAGAAAACUUACCAAAUGAUGUAAUUUCUAAAACUCCAGAUCAAGGAAAAGAAAUUAAGACACUGGUUCAAGGUGUACAAACCGAAUCAGUGCGAUCUCAAUUUGAAACGAUGAAUGAAAAUGCAGAGAAAGAUACAGUUGGACAUAAUGUAAAUCAUGAUUAUUCCCAACCUGACAUAGAUCAAAUCGUUAAUAUCAAAUUGGAAUCAAUCAUAGUUGAAGACUCCAAUAAACAAAAUGAACCAAACACCAUUCAAGGCCAAUCCAAAUUUUACAAAGCAGAGGAUGCAAAAGUCAAAUCAGAGGGUGAACAAGUUUUGAAUGGUAAAAUUGAAUUUGUUCAAAUUUAUAAUGCCGAACUUAAUAUUGACACCAAAAAUGUUCAUGAUAAAACAAGAGUUUAUAAGGUAGAGGCAAGGGAACCAUCACCUGAAAAACACUUAGAGCAAGAACCAAGUAGUAAAUCUGAUUCUGUUCACGAUAAUGGGAAAAUGGAUACAGAAAGAAAUAUUGCUCAUGGACAAACCAAAUUCUAUAAAGUUGAAGGUAGCAAUGAUAACCUGAAACAGCCACAGGAACUUAAUGUUAAAUCUGAUUCCAUUCAUUUUGAUAACCCAAAUAUUAAUAUUGACACAAGGACACUAAAUGGAAGAACCAAAUUCCAUGAAGUGAAAAAGACAGAAGGUGAUGCUACUACAAAAAAUUCAGAUCCAGUAGUGCUUCAUGGAAGAACAGAUUUUCAUGAGGUAACUUCUUCAGAUCAAGAAAAAGGUGAAUUCACACCAGGACCAGGCCAGUUUCAGAAAGUAGAUCAUGAUCAGUAUGGCCGAAAGGAAAGAAAAGUUUUAAAAGUAGAUGUUUUAAAUCAAGCUGUUGUUGAAGAUACAGUGAAUGUUGAAGUAAAGAAAGAUAUCAAUCAACCAAAAUCAACAUCUCAGCAAUCAACACAACAGACAUUUCAAGAAGAUGGUCUCCAUUUUGAAUCAGUCAAUAUGGAUGAGUUCAUAGAAAAUUUAGACAAGGAACCAUCCACUGCUAAAGAUGGUGAUGUAUUUGAAAUUGAAAAUCUACCAGAGCCAUUUGAUCGUAAAACAUUAGCUAUAGAGAAGAUUAAAGGGAUCUAUAAAACAACAAGAGGUAAUAAUGAAAGGGAAACAGUUAUCCUAUAUAAUCCUGAUGAAUUUGGAUAUGUCAAAUCAGUCAAAUAUACACAAAGACUAAAAGGAGAUGGUACCUUUAAAACAGAAGAGGAACAUUUUCUACAAACAAUACCAGAGCUAGUCACUCAUAAAGAUCAACUAAAGAAAGCUGUGAAAG